AUGAUUGCUCGUCGGUUUGGCGGCGCUCAACAAUCUCGCACGGGUGGUAAGGGGAGUGUGCGCCGCAAAAAGAAAACAAUGCAUAAGACGGCAACCUCGGAUGAUAAAAAACUGGGAAGUACGCUGAAGAAGCUCGGAGUCACUAACAUACCAGCCAUCGAAGAAGUCAAUUUAUUCACAUCAGAUGGCAAAGUGGUCCAUUUCUCAAACCCCAAAGUGCAAGCGUCGAUUGCAGCGAACACUUAUGUUGUCAGUGGCCCAAAUGAAACCAAGCAACUGACCGAGCUUUUGCCUGGCAUAAUGAAUCAACUAGGACCUGAUAACAUAGACCAUCUAAAACAAAUUGCUGACAAAAUGUCUUAUUCAAAUCGUGCCCCAUCUGCCAGUUCCAAGGAUGAUGAAAUAGAUGACGACGAAGUUCCCGAUCUCAUAGAAAAUUUCGAGGACGUCAGCAAACUCUAG